CACAUCAGCUGACGGUAGCUCUGCAGCUCUGCAGCUCUGCCUGCUUCUCUAAACAAGAUGAGGAAAUUAAUUGUGUUGCUCCUUUUGUCUCACGUUGCAUCCCCAGUGAAACACUCCCUGAAAUAUUUCCUCACUGCAUCUUCUGGAGUGCCAAACUUCCCAGAGUUUGUGGGCGCAGCGAUGGUUGAUGAAGUCCAGGUGGGUUACUGCGACAGCAACAUCAAGACAGCAGAACCCAAACAGGACUGGAUGAAAAGAUUAAUAAAGGACGACCCACAGCACCUGCAGUGGUAUGCUUUGAAGUGUUUUGGUAAUCAGCAGGUCUUCAGAGCCAACAUUGACAGCUUGAAGCAGCGCCUAAAUGAAACUAGAGGCUCCCACAUUUUACAGAGGAUGAACGGCUGUGAAUGGGACGAUGAAACAGGAGAGAUUACUGGUUUUAAUCAGUACGGUUAUGAUGGAGAAGACUUCAUUGCACUGGACCUGAAGACACUGACAUGGAUCGCUCCAAAACCGCAGGCCGUCAUCACCAAACUAAGAUGGGAUACUGAGAAAGCUCGGUUAGAAUACAAUAAGAACUACUACAUUCACAAAUGCCCUGAGUGGCUGAAGAAGUAUGUGCAAUACGGGAAGAGCUUUCUGCAGAGAACAGAGCUUCCCUCAGUGUAUCUCCUCCAGAAGACUCCCUCCUCUCCAGUCAGCUGCUUCGCUACAGGUUUCUACCCUGACAGAGUCAUGAUGUUCUGGAGGAAAGAUGGAGAGGAGUUUCAUGAAGAUGUGGAACGUGGAGAGAUCCUCCCCAACCAUGAUGGAUCCUUCCAGAUGAGUGUGGACCUGUAUCUUUCAUCAGUCACACCUGAAGACUGGAGGAGGUAUGAAUGUGUGUUUCAGCUCUCUGGUGUGAAGGACGACAUCAUCACCAAACUGGACAAAGCUGUGAUCAGAACUAACUGGGACUUCCCUGUUGGUCCCGUCGUUGGAGGUGUUGUAGGACUGCUGCUCCUGUUGGCCGUCUGCAUCGCUGGAUUUUUCAUCUGGGGACGAAACUAUCACGGGUUCCAGCUUGCUAACAGGGGACCAUGACGAUUAGAAGAGGAUUCUGAACUCUAGUGUCUC